AUGACAUUCAGCCCAUCCUCGUACAACCUCGGCGCAUCUCUUGUCUCAAUCGGUUUACUCUGGUGGCACGGCAUGAUUGCUGCUAUCAUCGGCUCCGCCAUUCUCACCGUUCUGGUUGUGCUCAAUAGUCGCGGCGCUGUCAAGUACUUUCUUGGCUUCCCUGUGUAUGUGCGCGCAGCUGCUGGCGUCAGGGGAGCGAGUUUGUACAUCGUCGUACGAGCUGUGGUUGCAAUCAUUUAUUUUGCGACGCAGACCUACUAUGGAGGCCGUAUCACGUCGGUGUUCAUGCGGGGUAUAUUUGGAAAGGGUUACAAUGAUAUACCAAACCGCCUCUCAGAGAGUGCGGGGAUCACGAGUAGAGAUUUGCUGAGCUUCUUCUUGUUUUGGAUGACUCAGCUCUCGGGCUCAGCUCUGAUCUGGCCCAUGAUACAAGCCAUCAAUUCCGUUAUGGGCGCUCUGGCGCCAGUGCUUAUCAAUCAGCCUGAUAUAGCGCGAUACGGACAUUCCUACGGCGAUGUGACAUGGAGCCAGGGCUUCGGUAUUCUUACCAGUAAAGUACUGGUCAUGUUCCUGAGUACCGCAACGACUGCAGCCGCUACACAAGUCCUCGGCCAAAGCUAUUGGAACGUAUGGGAUCUCUACGACGCCAUCUUGGAUCAAUAUUGGACUGCUGGAGCUAGAGCAGGGAUAGUAUUUGCGUCUUUCGGUAUGAUGCUCGCUGUACUUGUCACCAAUGCAGGAAGCAACUCGCUUCCCGUUGGUGCCGAUCUUACAGGAAUCUUCCCUCGAUGGUUGACCAUUGUGCGGGGCCAGGUACUCUGCGCGAUUCUGGCACCCUUACUUGUUCCAUGGAAGAUUAUCGCCUCGGCGACUGCGUUCUUGACGUUCCUCGGAAGUUACACUGUAUUUCUGAUGCCGAUCUGCGCGUGCAUGAUUGUCGACUACUGGCUCGUUCGAAAGGGUAACUUGCAUGUUCCCUCAUUGUACACGACUGCAUCCGAAAGCCCGUACUCGUACUGCAAAGGCUGGAAUAUGCGCAUGCUGGCUGCGUGGACAGCUGGGGUUGCCUUCACGGUCCAUGGCGUCGCAGGGUCUUUGGAUGCUGAUUCUGUCGCCGAGGCUAGCAAGAAUAUGUACAAGCUUGGCUUUCUACUAUCUCUGUUCAUGGGCGGCUUGGUUUAUUACAGCUUGUGCCUCAUCUGGCCGGUGAAAAUGGUGCCUCGAGGGGCAGGGGGAGAGCUGGGGUUUGAAGCGUUGGCAGCGAACGAAGGUUUCUUCGACGACGAGAAUGUAGGAACUAUCACGGGCGUACGGGAAGGCGAAGAAGUGCAUGAGACGCAGCACGGCGCUGCGGAUAGCAAAGGGUUUGUCUGUUAA